AUGCCGCGUUUGAACGGCGUCAACUCCAAGGCGCUGGAGGCCAAGCAGCGCAAGAAGGAGCAGCGCGAGGCUAUCGAGCGUAAAAAGGAGGCUGAGGCGCUCGACAAAUACUGGGAAGACAAUGACAAGCUAGUACAGGCAAAGCAGGAACGCAAGCUGGAGGCCCAGCGACGGCAGCAGGAGCGCCUGCAGCGCAAGCAGGAGACGCGGCAGCUGCUGGAGAAGGAGGACGCGGAGCUUGUGUCAAACAAGACCUGCGCAAAGGGAGCGGCUGUCCCGAAGGUGACGCGCGCAGAAAUCCUCCGUAUACAAGCACUUCAAGCCGAAGCACGCGCCAAGGAGGCGGCGAGCCGCGAGGAAAACCCAUACUGCGACGUGACCCUGGGCAACAUGAACCACGAGAACAUGCGGGAACGCAUGCUGCUCGAGGAGCAGAAUAUCGACCUCGUGAAGGCAUCCGGGCUGGACGAGGUAUUGGACGCGCUGGCGAUCGGGCCCAGGGUGGACGCGAACGCGGAGAAGCGAGUGAAGGCGGCGUACGACGCAUUCGAGGAGCGCAAGAUGGCGGAACUGAAGGCCGAGUAUCCAAACCUCAAGUUCUCGCAGUACAAGGACAUGAUAUUCAAAGCCUGGAAAAAGUCGCCAGAGAAUCCCAUGGUGGCGCGCAGGCUUUAG